UGCAUGUAGGCUACAUAAGGCCAGACAAAGCACUCUCCAUUGUUCAGUUGCAUUUUGGGAGUCCCAUUGUUCUGUUCAUCACCCAUCUCCUCCAGCUCCAGCUAUGGCCCCCAAGAAGGCAAAGAAGAAGUCAGCGGACUCUAACUCCAAUGUGUUUUCGAUUUUUGAGCAGUCUCAGAUCCAAGAGUUCAAGGAGGCCUUCACCAUCAUGGACCAGAACAGAGAUGGAUUCAUUGACAAAAAUGACCUGAGGGACACCUUUGCUGCACUGGGGCGACUCAACGUGAAGCAGGAGGAGAUAGAUGAGAUGCUGAAAGAGGCGUCCGGCCCCGUCAACUUCACCAUCUUCCUCACCAUGUUCGGAGAGAAGCUGAAAGGCGCUGAUCCAGAGGAGACUAUCCUCAAUGCUUUUAAAGUAUUUGACCCCGAAGGAAAAGGGGUCCUGAGGAAGGACUUUGUGACAGAGAUGCUGACGACACAAGCGGACAGGUUUUCUCCUGAAGAGAUGGAGCAGAUGUUUGCAGCCUUCCCACCAGACGUGGCAGGAAAUCUAGACUACAAAAACCUUGUGCACAUCAUCACACACGGAGAAGAGAAGGACCAGGAGUAACGAACUCACUGCUCCUCCAGCGUGUCUGUCAAAGUGAUGGGUGUUUUGACCAUAGAUUUGUAUUUCUAUCGGCUGAUCUAUGGUCAAAACACCUAUCGGCAGUCAUCUAUCAUCUCCAGGCUCCAUUCACGGUCCCGUGUGCUUUCCCCGCCCACUUACAUAAUCAGAUCAGGUGAAGCUCCACAGUGGAAGGGGAGAAAAAUGAACAGAGGGAAUCUCACUGGCCUCUACCUCCUACAAAAGGCUCAAGACACUUUUCAACUGGCCUCCUUUUGUGAUGCAUUACGUUUGCCGCUCAUCAGUAGUGGUUAAGUCAAGUGUUUUCCAAAACUGUCCUCGGUUCCCUAAGGGGUGCACGUUUUGAUUUUUGCCUGUAACACUACACAGCUGAUUCAAAUGACCAUGAGCGUGAUGAUUAGUUGAUUAUUUGAAUCAGCUGUGUAGUACUAGGGCAAAAAUCUAAACGUGCACCACUUGGGGUCCCGAGGACCGAGUUUGGGAAACGCUGCGUUAAGCCAAAUGUCAAGCCAAAUGUGUGUAAAUGGUUGAAUUCAGGCUACACAGCUAUUAUACAAUCUGAUCACUGUCCAAUAAAUCACUUUAACUCA